AUGGCAACAGCACCAGUAUACAAUGCCUCCACCCCACGCGGCGGAGACCCGCUCAAGGUCGACGUGAACGCUCAAUUCGUGGGCUUUGAGUGGAACUACACAUACAUCAUCUUCUGCGGUUUCAUUGUCUGGCUCAUCAUCCCGGGGAUCGGUCUGCUAUAUAGUGGACUGGCGCGAAGAAAGUCGGCGUUGACAUUACUCUUCCAAUCGCUUAUGAUUGGUGCCGUAACAACUUUUCAAUGGACAUUCUGGGGCUACUCCUUGGCUUAUUCCCGUGAUGCGGGCCCUUUCAUCGGGACCCUGAAGAAUUUUGGAUUGAAGGAUGUGAUGGCUGCGCCGUCGCCGGGCUCAGCGGUUCUUCCUGAGAUCGUGUUCUGUUUCUAUCAGCUGCUCUUUUGCGCAUGCACAGUGAUGAUCGUUGUUGGUGGCGCCUUCGAGCGAGGAAAUAUGCUUCCGGCGCUCGUUUUCAGCUUCUGCUGGGCGACCGUCGUCUAUUGUCCCAUCGCCUGCUGGACCUGGAACAGCAAUGGAUGGUUAUACAACCUCCCCUCGUUGGACUUUGCUGGCGGCGGCCCGGUGCAUAUCGCAUCUGGCUGGUCCGCCCUUGCAUAUGCACUUGUCCUUGGGAAACGCAAGCAUCUCGGUGCACCCUCGCAUGCUAAGCCUCACAAUACCACAUUGGUGUUCUUGGGGACGACACUGAUUUGGUUUGGAUGGUUUGGAUUUAAUGGAGGAUCGGCUCUGAAUGCCAGCGUGAGAGCCAUGCUAGCCGCAUUCAAUACUAACACGGCAGCUUGUACGGGAGUAUUGGGGUGGGUGCUCGUGGACUCGAUUAAGCAUCGCGGCAAGUUCUCCGUCGUCGGCGCCUGCGAGGGAGCUAUUGCGGGGCUGGUUGGAAUUACCCCCGCCGCCGGAUUUGUCUCCGUGUGGCUUGCGGCUUGCAUUGGGUUCCUGACAAGUAUUGUCUGCGCGCUCCUCCAGGACAUCAAUGAUUGGAUGCACAUUGACGAGGGAAUGGACGUGUUCAAGCUGCAUGGGAUUGGAGGGAUGGUCGGGGCGUUUCUCAUCGGUAUCUUUGCGUCGUCGUCAGUUGCGGCGCUCGAUGGCGCGACCGUGGCUAGCGGUGGUAUCGACGGCAACGGGAUGCAGGUCGGGAAACAAUUGGCCGAGGUGUGCGCCAUCUCGGUGUACUCUUUCACCGUUUCCUGUAUCUUGCUCUACAUCUUGGAAUGGAUUCCCGGCAUGCAAUUACGAGUUCACGAGGAGGAUGAGAUCAUUGGAUUGGACAGGGCUCAGUUUGUGGAUGAACAGAUCGGCGAGCGAAUAAUUCUCAAUGAUCUCUUGAUGUCGCCGGGUUCUACAAGUGUGGUGAAUGGGACGAAGGAGCUCACGAUGUGA